AUGUAAAGCAAUAAGCUCGUGCACUUUUAAGCUAUGCGAUGUUCAUUGUGAUUGAUUAUUUUGGCGUCUGCGUGAUCAGAUUUUUUUGUUUUCAGAUAAGUUAUGGUUCAAUUUUUGGCGGGAUUGCAUCAAAAUAAUUCAGCCUAUUUAUCUGUCACUACUACUUACAUUAGUAUUUCUGCAUCGCUCCAGUCAAUGGACGCGCUGCUCUACUAUGACCCCUCCCACUUCAUAGAUCCUAAAAACUGGCGAGCGUUUCGCGGGAAACUGGCGUAAGGAUACAGGGGGGCAGUGCUGCGGCGCCUUCUUAACGCGAGCGCGGAGUACUCGACUGUGAUUGUCGUGCCGCCGAUGACAGAGUGCGGGUCGUUCACAGCGGUGCGGUGCAGCCUCUCAGCGCCCCAUGCCUGCUCCACACAGCUUCACUGAAACCACGAAGGAUUUAAUGCCACUUCCGCACUGGGAUAAUUUUCCUGCAACCUUUUUGCAUCUUGUGAGACGGUUUUACCCCGCCAUUUGCCCGCGGCUGUUAAAAUAAGAAGGUUCACAGCUUGGUCAGACACGCCGGAGCCACCAUGCCGCUCAAUUCAACUUUGGCCAGUAAGAACUAUGACUACGACUACGACUCUCUCCAGCCGUAUUUCUACUACGACAACGAGGAGGAGGAUUUUUACCCACAGCAGCACACUCCGGCACCCAGCGAGGACAUCUGGAAGAAAUUUGAACUGCUGCCGACCCCUCCCCUCUCCCCGAGCCGCCGUCCGUCCCUGUCCAGCCUCCUCCCCUCCACGGCGGAUCAGCUGGAGAUGGUGACCGAGUUCCUCGGCGACGACGCGGUGAACCAGAGCAUCAUCUGCGACGCGGACUACAACCAGUCCUUCCUCAAGUCCAUCAUCAUCCAGGACUGCAUGUGGAGCGGCUUUUCCGCCGCGGCCAAGCUGGAGAAGGUGGUGUCCGAGCGGCUCGCCUGCCUGCACGCCGCCAGGAAGGAGUCGCAGUCCGACGACGGCGCGGAGCCCGCCGGUGCCGCCGCCGCCGCGGCCGCGUGGAGGGUGAACAGCAGCUACCUGCAAGACUUGAACACGUCCGUCUCGGAGUGCAUCGACCCGUCUGUGGUUUUCCCGUAUCCGAUAGCAGAGGCGCACAAGCAGAGCGCGGGGUCGCCGCCUAGUAAGGACUUGGGGCUGGACACGCCGCCCAACAGCAGCGGCAGCAGCAGCAGCUGUAGUGACUCAGAAGAUGAGGAUGGAGACGACGAUGAUGACGACGACGACGACGACCAGGAGGAAGAGGAGGAAGAGGAGAUCGAUGUGGUCACCGUGGAGAAGAGGCAGGCAGUGAGGCGCUGCGACGCCAGCCCGCCGGAGAACAGGCAUCCCAGCCCGCUGGUGCUGAAGAGGUGCCACGUCUCCACCCACCAGCACAAUUACGCCGCCCAUCCACCCACGAGGCACGAGCAGCCGGCUGUCAAGAGGCUGAAGCUGGACAGCAGCAGCGGAGGAGGAGGAGGAGGCGGAGGCGGCCACAGUAGGGUCCUGAAACAAAUCAGCAGCAACCGAAAGUGUUCGAGCCCGCGCACGUCCGAUACGGAGGAUUACGACAAGAGAAGGACUCACAACGUACUGGAGCGCCAGAGGAGGAACGAGCUCAAGUUGAGCUUCUUCGCGCUGCGGGACGAGAUCCCAGAGGUGGCCAACAACGAGAAGGCGGCCAAGGUGGUGAUCCUGAAGAAGGCCACCGAGUGCAUCUACAGCAUGCAGUCAGACGAACAGAGACUCCUCUCGGUCAAAGAGCAGCUGCGGAGGAGAAGUGAACUUUUAAAGCAUAGACUUGCUCAGCUGCAGGCCUCUCGUGCUUGAAGAGAAGUCACAGACUUUUUUUGGGAUGUUUUGUUUUCCUGAAUGCAAGUUCAAAAGUUUGAGUGUACAGUGUUGUUGUUGCAUGCAAAUGCAAAGUGGAUUACGUUGUUUGGAAUCUCUUUUGAUUUCCAUGUUAAAACUGCCUCAAUUGAAGUUAUGGGUGGAUUAAAUAUUUAAAUUUUAUUUUUAUUAAUAAAAUAUUAAAAGUGGGCCCACCUUGCUGAGGACCCACACUAAAAUAUAAAUUUUUAUGUUUUGUAUAUAGAUUUCCUAAGAAAGUGUGUAUUUUUGGAUUCAAUUGUCUGGACGUUCAAACCCAGUGUUUGUUUUUCAUUAAGUUCAUAGAUUCCUUUUGACAUAUAAAACACUUCUUCUUUAA